AUGAUGUCGAAAACAAAUACAAAUAUACGUCGUCCACAAAAGAAAACGACUUUAAAAAAACGAGAUUGGGAUUCAUCCAUUGGUGAUCUUUCUCAACAUCGAUUAAGUGAUGAUGAAGCUUCACGACGUAAACAAUCUUAUCAAUCACGUAAUUUACAAUUAAUGCAAGAAGAUAAACAACGAAAACUUUUAGCAAAAGCGGUUCAUGAUGCAAGAAAAACAAACAGUAAUCAAUUGGGUAUUUUACGUGAAAUAUUAUUUAAUGAACGAGAUAUUGAUGAUUUAAUGCAAAAAUCAACAAGUGUUUUACAAUCGAGUCGAUCGGAAAAAUUUGUUCCGAAAAGUAGUGUCUUACGUAGUGGAAAAAAUCAUUUUACAAGUUUAACUGAUAAUAGUCGCACAAGAAAAACAUCAGCGUCAUCAACAACAACAAAACAAUCAUCAAUAAGAAAUUUAAAUUCACCAGGUGGUGUCGAUUGGAAUCAAUCUGAAGAAGAUAAUAUAUCAGUUAGUUCAGCUGAUGGUGGUGGUGGUGAACAUGACGAAGAUGAAUAUGAAAAUGAACCUGUACGUUUAAAUCAUUCACAUAAAAAAUCUGAUCAUCAACAUGCAUCAUCAUUACAUACAAUAAAUCGUAAUUCAAAUCUUUAUUCACAAUCUCGUCCACAAUCGAGCGGAACUCGUCCAGCUAAUAAUGUUUCAUUUAUGUCUGAUACAUCAAAAAUUGGUGGUAAAACUAUUGGAAUUGAAUCAACUAGUAAUCCAUCAGCAAAUCAACUUAAACAAUUACUUGAUCGUUUAUCAUCGGAAUUAAAUGAUUUAGAAAUGAUAACUGGUUUUAAAUCAGAUAAAAAUACUUCAUCAUUAAAUAAUCAAUCGAAUACAUGUAGUACAGCUCUUGUUACAGCACUUAUUUCACUUACAGGUCAUGUUAAACAAUGUGCUCUUGGUUCGAAAAAUCAACCAAAUCAAGAAACACAGACUCUUAAAGAUCAACUUUCAGUUGUAAUUAAAGCACAAUUAGAUUUUCAACAAAAAAUGGAAAAUCAAAUGUCAAUGUUACAAACAAUGAUGCAAACUGUUUGUCAACUUGUUAAUAAUGAAAUUAUAUCAAAUAAAAAAUCAACGAAUCAUUCACCAUCACAACAACAACAACAACAAUCAACAAAUUCAUCGCGUAUUCGCCGAGAUCAACCAGAUUUUCAAAUAGCUGAACCAAGACAAAAUUGGUUAAGUAAUAAUAAUAAUAAUAAUAAUACGAAUACUCAAGUACAACGACCAAAAAAUAAUUUAACAGAUGAAUUACUUACAUAUACUCAACGAAUAAAUACUGCUACCCCAACAGAUACAAAUCAAUAUCGUUCUUUAAAUAAUAGUGAUGCCAAUGAAAUUUUAAAAAAAUUUUCACGACCCACAUCGGCUAUAUCAACAAAUGAAAGUCAUCAUACAAAUGAUUUUUCAAAACAAAUUCAACAACGAAGAAUGAUCGAUCAAGAAUCACGUUCAUCGAUGAUUAGUCCAAUCGAUACACCAUCAUCCUAUGAUUUAUUUGAAUCAGGUCUUCCAAAAAGUAAUUCAAUGACAAGUAUGAUGAGAAGUACAACAAAUAAUGGUCUAUCUGGAACAUUAAAUAAUGUACCAUCAAGUUCAAAUAUGAUGAUAAAUGGGAUUCCAAUUCAACAACAUUCAGAAUCUAUUGUUUAA